CAGGUGUGCCCCAUCGACCUGGCGAACUGGGCGUCCACUCACAUCGCUUGUGACGCCUUCGUUUAUUAUUAGGCACCAGUGCCGCCGUAAACCCUUAUCUCGUCUUCAUCCGGCUCCUCCUUUUCGCCACCGUCGACUCAUCGGAGAAAGUUGACUGCGAGAUGUCUAAAUCUGGAGCUUUGAAUCUCGUUUCGGGAGUUGGAGGCAAGAUAAACAAGGAAGAUGUUCAAUCUGCUGUUGAACAGUAUGAAAAAUACCAUACCUCUUAUGGUGGGGAUGAAGAAUCAAGAAAAGCAAACUACUCUGAUAUGGUGAACAAGUAUUAUGAUCUUGCCACUAGCUUCUAUGAAUUUGGUUGGGGAGAAUCAUUCCACUUUGCUCAUAGAUGGAAAGAAGAGUCCUUGCGUGAAAGCAUUAAGAGACAUGAGCACUUUCUUGGACUGCAGUUGGGGUUGAAACCUGGGAUGAAGGUCCUGGAUGUAGGUUGCGGAAUUGGUGGGCCUCUCCGUGAGAUUGCUAGAUUCAGCUCAACAUCCAUUACAGGAUUAAACAACAAUGAGUAUCAGAUUUCUAGAGGAUCGGCGCUCAACCGCAUAGCAGGGUUAGACAAAUCAUGUGAUUUUGUUAAGGCUGAUUUCAUGAAAAUGCCAUUUUCUGAUGACACAUUUGAUGCAAUCUAUGCAAUUGAGGCAACCUGCCAUGCUCCGGAUGCGGUUGGCUGCUACAAGGAGAUCUACAGAGUGCUAAAGCCUGGUCAAUAUUUUGCAGCAUAUGAGUGGUGCAUAACUGACCAUUUUAAUCCAAAUAAUGAAAGCCAUAAAAAAAUCAAGGCUGAAAUCGAGCUUGGUAAUGGACUCCCCGAUGUCAGAAGUACAAGAGAAUGUCUUGAUGCUUUGAAGCUUGCAGGAUUUGAGGUUACAUGGGAGAAAGAUCUUGCAGCUGAUUCUCCCUUACCUUGGUAUUUGCCUCUGGAUACUAGUCGGUUUUCCAUAACUAGCUUCCGCUUGACAGCUUUUGGUCGGUUUAUUACGAGAACUAUGGUUAAGACAUUGGAAUUUUUAAGGAUUGCCCCAGAAGGUAGCGAGAGAGUUUCAGCAUUCCUAGAAAAGGCAGCUGAGGGUCUUGUGGCAGGUGGAAGGAUGGAGAUAUUCACACCGAUGUACUUCUUUUUGGUUAGGAAACCUCUUUGAGAUUCUUGAAAAAAUGAUGAGUAUGAAGAAUGCAUUUUGCUAAGGUAAGUCCUGAUUCUGCUUUAGCGUUUUAAUAAGUGUUUCAAAUCAGUGAACAGCGUGUGAAAAAUGAUUUCUAAGUUUCCUGGAACAUGUAUUUUUUUUAGGUAAGUUCUGGUUCUGCUUUAGUGUGAGAUGCUGGUAUUACUUUGUCAAAUUCUUUAUCAAUUUGGUAAAUUGACAACUUCAAGUUUGCUAUUAA